AUGUCCAACGGCCGACCGGUGGGCCUGGGUUCGUUGCCCAAUGGCGUCACAGCCAUUGUCCUGGAGUUUACGGCAACGGAAGCCCUGAUGCUCCUCCGAGAGCUCAAUGAACCCUUGAAACGACUAGAGAGCUGCUGCUCAAGCAGUCGCUUGGAGGAUCUUUUUCGACGAGUCCACCAUUUGGUGGAGGUGACCCCAUCAGUUCCAGGCCUGGGCGAUGACGCAGCGCUUUGGUCGCACUUCGCGUUGGAUGCCCAUGGGGUUCGAUGUUUGGCCUACAGCCGGAAGAGCGCCACGCUGAUGGAAGCCUUGGCUCGGCUGCGAGCCGUGGAUUCGCUGAUGAAAGUCCGACCCAAGUGGAAAUGCAUUGACUCAAUGGAGAAGGUGGAUCAAUACCUCAAUCAACGUUUCUGUGGUACACCUGGCUUUUGGAGCAAGGGCCCUGGACGAGGUGGCACUGAGGAAACGGAACAAGUAGCGUUGCCUGCUUUGUUCUCAGCCUGUCGGUGGAUGCUCCGUGGCAUGGUCGUGGCACCGGCACCAAGAGCCAUUUGCUUCUUCCACGCCUUUGUGGAGACCAUGGGAGCUGAUGGCAUGGGAGUGGAUGGCCAACCCAUACAGAUCCCUCUCUUGUGCUGGGAACCUGCGAAUUGA